AUGGCUAUAACGCAGACCGUUGUGGGCUCUCUUUCAAGUUGCCAGCCAACCACUCUGCUCGCUCUUGUCCUAGCCAUCUCCACAUUUUCAUACUAUGUGUUCUUCAGGAAACCCAAUCUCAAUAUGCCCGUCGAGGUUCCGGACCCUGGCCCGGAGGGUGUUUUCAACACUCUCACGCGGAUGUAUGAAAAGUACCCAGACACGCCUUUCAUUCUCAAAACUUCGAGACCCAUUGUCAUUCUUCCCGGUAACCUUGUAGAUGAUGUCAAGAACAUGCCUGAAGAGAAGGUGUCUCUCCAUGCUGAAGUCAAGAUUGACCACUCUAUGGCCGUUACCAAGGUUGGCGGAGGUACCUAUGGAACAGAGCUGUUGCCUACCGUUCGUAUCGACCUGACGCGGCAUACGAAUGGCGCUAUCCCUGCCAUUUUGGACGAGUUACGCUUUGCGAUGGAUAUCGAGCUCAAUGACGUUGGCAGUGAGAAGUGGUCAACAAAGGGGCUUCAUAUGAGCGUCACUAAAAUUUCAGCUCUGAUGCUCUCCCGCAUCUUUAUUGGGCGUCCCAUCAGCCGUCGACCUGAAUGGUUGCGCUCCUCGAUUGGAUACACAAUCGAUCUGAUGCGCGCCCGCCAUGCGCUGAACAAAUAUCCUUACUGGCUUCGUCUGAUUAUCGGAAAGUACCUGCCAGAAGUCAAGCAAAUGCAGUCACAUCUUGAGGGUGGCAAGAAGAUCCUGAUGCCCAUCGUUGAAAAUCUGGUCAAAGAAAGGGCGGCAAUGGAGGAUCCAAACGCUUUCAUGGACGAGAAGAAGCCUUUGCAACACUACAUGUCAGACGAAGAGGCUCUUGAAUUCGAUGACGCACAAGGGACAUUUUGCUCGUGGCUCUUGAAGUAUACUAUCAUUCCUAAAGGCGCCACCCACGAGGAUAUCGCAGAAUCGCUGGCACUCAAUCAACUAGCCCUUUCAUGGGUUUCCAUCCACAGCGUGAGUUACACAGUGACCCGUGCCAUGUAUGAUUUGGCAACUAGACCAGAGUACUUCGCGCCUCUUCGCCAGGAGAUUGAGGAUGUUCUGCAACAGGACGGUUUCACCAUGGAUGACAAGGGCCGCCGCAUCAUGGGUCGCACCUCAUAUGUCAAGCUUCGCAAACUCGAUUCCUUCCUCAAGGAGAGCAUGCGUUUGUGUCCCAAUAAGCUGGUCAAUAUGGCUCGUAUCGUGCAGUCCCCCGUCACUCUCUCGACUGGCCACACCUUGCCUGCGGGCACCCGUAUUGGUGUUCCAGUAUACCAUGUUAUGACCUCCCCCAGCACUCAGCAAAGUUACGCUGAGGUGGCGGAUAUGGCCCCAGCGAGCGAGUUCGAUGGAUUCCGCUACUACAAGCUGCGUCAGAAGGAGGGCAACGAGAACAAGUUCCAUUACAUCACAACAACCUCUGACUACUUGGCCUGGGGCCUAGGCACACAUAGCUGUCCAGGCCGGUUCUUCAGCAGCACCGCUAUCAAGGUGCUGUUUGUGGAGAUGUUGCGAUUCUGGGACUUCCGACUUGUGGGCGAUGUUGAUCGUAAGGGUGGUCCGCCUGUCGGCCACCGGCUGAAUGACUUCACUCUUACGACCGACGUCACGGUUCCACUUGAGAUCAAGCGCCGAGAAGGUGCAAAUUAG